GCACGAAAGCUUUUGAUAUAACUUACAUCUCUCGUUAAAAAUAAUGCUAAAAAGUGCUUGUGUAAGAUUUUCAAGGUUAUUGUUCACCACCCUUCACAGGAGAUAUUCAACGGCCCGGGCGGGACCUUGAGUCGGGGCGAGGGCGAGGGCGAGGGCGAGGGGAGCGAUGGCGGGCAUCUCGCUGGGCGACCUGCGCUCGGCCGCGGGGCUGCGCCGCCUGGACGGCCUCCUGGCCGACAGGAGCUACGUGGCCGGGCACGGUCCGAGCGCCUCCGACCUGGCCGUGUUCGAGGCGCUGGGCGGCUGCCCCGCGGCCGGCUUCGCGCACGCGUGUCGCUGGUACCGCCACGUCGCCAGCUUCCGGCCGGCAGCGGAGGUUGGGAAGCCCAACAAGAAAUUCAAAGAUAAGAAAAACAAAGCGGGCGACGGCAAAACGGGAGCAAGCGAGCUGAACCCAUGGCCAUCGUACAUCCAGGAGCGCCUGGCCCUGUGGGACAGGCUGAAGGCCCGGCACGAGGCGGCGCUGCAGGCGAGGACUCCCGAGCCCAUCAGGGUCACGCUGCCCGACGGCAAGCAGGUGGAGGGCCAGUCGUGGCGCACCACGCCCUACGACGUCGCCAAGGGCAUCAGCCAGGGCCUAGCGGACAAUGCUGUCAUCGCAAAAGUCAACGGGGUGUUGUGGGACCUGGAUCGUCCCCUGGAGAAGGACACGACACUCCAGCUGCUCAAGUUCGAUGACGAAGAAGCGAGGCAGGUGUUCUGGCACUCGUCGGCACACAUCCUCGGAGAGGCCAUGGAGCGGGUGUACGGGGGCUGCCUCUGCUACGGCCCGCCCAUCGACUCAGGCUUCUACUACGACAUGUUCAUCGAGGACAGGCAGGUGACCAACACCGACUUCCCAGGCCUGGAGUCUCUCGUCAAGAACAUAGUGAAGGAGAAGCAGCCAUUCGAGCGUCUGGAACUCACUAAGGAAGACCUGCUAGAGAUGUUUAAGUAUAAUGAGUUCAAGGUGAGAAUCCUGAACGAAAAGGUGAACACCCCUACGACCACGGCAUACCGCUGUGGCCCGCUCAUAGACCUGUGCCGAGGCCCCCACGUCCGCAACACGGGCAAGGUGAAGGCCUUCAAGGUCACCAAGAACUCGGCGACCUACUGGGAAGGCAAGAACGACGCAGAAUCUCUCCAGAGGGUGUACGGGGUGUCGUUCCCGGAUGCCAAGCAGCUGAAGGAAUGGGAGAAGUUUCAGGAGGAGGCAGCCAAGCGGGACCAUCGCAAGAUCGGCCGAGAGCAGGAGCUGUUCUUCUUCCACGAGCUUAGUCCCGGCUCGUGCUUCUUCCUCCCGCGCGGCGCCCACAUAUACAACACGCUGAUGGAGUUCAUCAGGCGCGAGUACCGCAGGCGCGGCUUCCAGGAGGUGGUCACGCCCAACGUGUACAACACCAAGCUGUGGCAGACCUCCGGCCACUGGGCGCACUACGCGGAAAACAUGUUCUCGUUUGAGGUGGAAAAGGAAUCAUUUGCCUUGAAGCCGAUGAAUUGCCCUGGCCACUGCCUGAUGUUCGACCAGAGGACUCGGUCGUGGAGGGAGCUGCCGCUCCGGCUCGCAGACUUCGGUGUUCUGCACCGCAACGAGCUCUCCGGGGCGCUGACCGGCCUCACGAGGGUGCGUCGCUUCCAGCAGGACGACGCGCACAUAUUCUGCGCCCCCGAGCAGAUCAAGGAUGAGAUGCUGGGUGCCCUGGACUUCCUGCGUAGCGUGUACUCUGUGUUCGGCUUCACGUUCCAACUGAUGCUGUCCACUCGGCCCGAAAACUUCAUGGGCGAUUUGCAAAUGUGGGAUGAGGCAGAGAAGCAACUGACAAACAGCCUCAACGAAUUCGGCCAGCCGUGGAAGGAGAAUCCCGGCGACGGAGCGUUCUACGGCCCCAAGAUUGACAUCACGGUGACGGACGCGCUGAGGAGGUCGCACCAGUGCGCCACCAUCCAGCUGGACUUCCAGAUGCCCAUCCGGUUCAACCUGGGUUACGUGAGUGAGAGUGGGGAGAAGAAGAGACCAGUGAUGAUACACCGAGCCAUCCUCGGAUCCGUGGAGCGGAUGAUGGCGAUACUGACGGAGUCGUACGCCGGCAAGUGGCCCUUCUGGCUGUCCCCGCGCCCUUGCAUAGUGAUUCCAGUGGGCCCGUCUGUGGACAGCUAUGCCAUGCAGGUGAAGCAGCAAGUGCAGGAGGCGGGCUUCCUGUGCGAUGUGGACGUUGACCCGGGCGACACCCUCAACAAGAAGAUACGAAAUGCUCAGCUGGCCCAGUACAACUUCAUCCUUGUGGUGGGGGACAAGGAGAAAGCAUCGGGCACCGUGAACGUGCGCACGAGGGACAACAUAGUGCACGGGGAGUUCUCGGUUGGCGACACUGUCCAGAGGUUCCAGGCACUGAAGCACUCCCAGGUCAUCAACAGCGAGGAGAAGUUCUGAGGUCGCUCUGCGGACCGUGACUGUUCAUCCCAUUGACUGUUCUCUUUACCUUCUGGAUUAAUUAUCAUUGUUCAGUAACUCAAGAUGGAGAUUAUCACGCCCACCUGAUGAAAAACUGCAAAUUUGUCAAAAAUAUACUGACUGAACACAUGAAGCGUGUGUUUGAUCAUGCCCUGGAUUCCAUCUGUGCGCAUCAUGGGAAAAUGUUCAGAACAUCAGUAUUACUUCCCGAACUUCUGAAAUUGGUGGUCACCAUUGAUUUUAUUGAUGAAAUUAAAAUUAUGAAAUUAUAGUAUUGAUAUCUAUUGCUCUGACAGCACUGUAAUUCACUUCUUUAUUUAUGUAUUUAAAGAGUUUGUUAAUUAA